AUGGAAAUAUUCAAUAUUGUCGCUAAUAUUAAAGGAAAGCUUAUCAAAGGCAUGAAUGGCAGGAGUAUCUUUACACCUUUGGAUUACAGGAAUUACAGGAUCCUUACAGUUAUUACAGGAAUUACAGGAUCCUUACAGUUGCAGGAAUACUAUUUUAAUAAUAUCUGUCACCAGGGAAAAAUUGGAGUUAAAUUCAAUGUUGGAACUGAUGACAUCUCUAUUGAAGAGAUCAACGCAAUCAUUAAUGAUGGAAAAUACCACGUAGUACGUUUCACAAGAAGUGGUGGCAACGCCACAUUACAGGUGGACAACUGGCCAGUUAUCGAACGUUACCCAGCAGGAAACAAUGAUAACGAGCGCCUGGCGAUUGCUAGACAGCGAAUUCCAUAUCGACUUGGUCGAGUAGUUGAUGAAUGGCUACUCGACAAAGGGCGUCAGCUCACAAUCUUCAAUAGCCAAGCAACCAUAAAAAUUGGAGGCAAGGAACGUGGCCAUCCUUUCCAAGGCCAGCUCUCUGGUCUUUACUACAAUGGCUUGAAAGUUCUGAAUAUGGCAGCAGAAAAUGAUGCCAACAUCGUGAUAGAAGGAAAUGUGAGACUUGUUGGUGAAGUGCCUUCCUCUAUGACAACUGAGUCCACAGCCACAGCGAUGCAGUCUGAGAUGUCCACAUCAGUUAUGGAAACAACCACCACUUUGGCCACAAGCACCGCUAGAAGAGGAAAGGCCCCAACAAAAGAACCUAUUGGUCAG